AUGCACACGAAUUGUUUGGCUCUUUUUGUCAUUCUGGUUACGGUUACCUGUCAACCUCCAGGAAACAUAUUUCAUCUCGGAUUCCUUCACUGCGAUGUACUUCAAAAAAAUGUGGAAGGCAGCACUGCUUACGUCAAUUACCGUACCUCUGCUAGUGCGGCAAGUAUUGCAAUUGACCGGAUAAAAAGAGAGGGAAUCUUGGCUGGUUACGAUUUUAAAAUUACUAUUUUAUAUGACCAAUGUGAUGAGAACCUUGCUGCUGGAAAUGCAAUUAAACUGUUCUCAGAUUACAAUGUGGAUGUGAUAAUUGGUCCGACUACUAACAUUGCCGCCAUCCCGGUCUUCACCCUCGCCACGUUUUACAACGUUCCUGUUGUCGCUUGGGGAAUGGCGUCAUCAGCAGCUCUGGAUGAUUACUCAAGAUACCCCACUGCUGGAAUUAUAUCGAUUGGAUCACGAAGUCUUGCUGUGACUUUUCGACAAGUCAUGAAGGAAUACGGAUGGGAUCAAUUCGUUUACGCGUACUCGCUGGAGGGAGAUGAUGAGAAGUGCGAAACGAUGAGAGAUGAUUUUCAGAAUAUGGUUGCCUAUUAUGGAGAUAUUGUGUUGUCGUAUACGGUACAGAUUAUGGAUCACAGUGAGGAAGGUAUGUUGGCAGUGUUGAAGGAUGUGUCGACUAGGGGAAGGAUUAUUGUGCCGUGUUUUCACGAGGGAAAUACCAGAGGACUUCAUAGAAGAUGGAUGUUAGUAGCGGCAAGAAAUGGAUUUGUGACCGAUGAAUAUGUUUAUAUUAUUCCAUCAUUGCGGUCAAAGGGAUACGCUGUCCUACAAACCGAUGGAUCUUACCGUUACCCAUGGGUUGAAGCCACAGGACCCCAACCAAGUGACCAAGAAGCAAUUCCAGGGUUUCAACGAUCUAUAUUUAUUGUUGAUAUGCAAGGCCAGGGAAAUGUUGCCUCAAAUUACUCAUUAUUCGAGGAUGAAGUGAUUCAACGAAUGAAACAAUACCCCUAUAAUUGUACAGAUGCGUGCGCAGCAAAAGAGUAUCAAACGGCAGCAACAUAUGCCGGUCAACUACAUGAUGCAGUGUAUUUGUAUGGGCUAGCAAUGGCGAAACAGCUGAAAACUGUACCGAGUCAAUACAAAAAUGGAACGAUGUUUCCUUCGUUUUUGACGGGGUCUUUUACAGGAGUCGGUGGCCCAAUUGUAAUCGACAAUAGUGGUGGCCGCAGUCCAACUCUCUAUGUCCUCACCCUCGAUUCCAACAACAAUUCCUCAAUGAUAAUGACAGUAGAUGUUGAUGAGCAAGAAGCCGUCGUCCAUAAACUCUACACAAAUGAAGCCACUGCAGUCUGGUCUCAUCGAAAAGGAAUUCGACCUCUAGAUGAACCAGUUUGUGGGUACACCGGCUCAAAGUGUCCUCCGAACGUGUUCCUUCAGUAUUUGGGAUGGUUCAUUGCAGCUAUAAUUAUCAUAGUCUUGACUAUUUUCGGAGCAGUUCUAGCAUUUGUUUUCUUGUUUCACUCGAAACGCCAAGAAGUGGAACGUCAAAAUGCUCUCUGGCAAAUCCCAUUCAAAACUAUGAUGACUGUGGCAAAGAAAGGAAAAGGAGAGCACAGUAUGAGGAGUAUUAGUAGUGUCCCUAGUACAAUAUCAUCCACGAGAUCGUCUACGCUUUCGGAAGUUGGAGAGACAAGGAAUUACUUGUUUUUUCAAAUUCAAAAUGACGUGGAAAUGGAGAAAAUUGCUGCGAGAAAGUAUACCAUUCGCACGUUGUUCGAUAAUAAAACAUGUGCAAUUAUGAGACAGAUGCGCCUCAUAGACCACGCUAAUCUCAAUAAGUUCAUCGGAAUGUCUCUCGACGCCCCUCAACUCCUAUCUGUUUGGAGAUUCUGCUCCAGAGGCUCCCUUGCUGACGUCAUCCGAAAAGCUAGUCUUCAAAUGGAUGGAUUUUUCAUUUACUCUUUAAUGAAAGAUAUAGUUAAUGGAUUAACAUGGAUCCAUGAGUCAUCUCAUGAAUUUCAUGGGAUGCUCACCUCAAAAAAUUGUCUACUGAAUGACAGAUGGCAGUUGAAGAUUUCAGAUUUCGGCUUGAGGAAUUUCAGAACUCACGAUCAAUACACCAAGAUGGACCGCCUAUGGACUGCUCCAGAGUUGCUCCGUAAUGAUGAUAUACUAGGGAGUCGUGAGGGCGACAUCUAUAGUUUUGGCAUCAUCAGCGCUGAGUUGAUCACUAGAAGUUCAGUUUUUGACUUGGAAAACCGGAAAGAAGACGCCGAGGAAAUAGUGUAUAUGCUGAAGAAAGGAGGGUUACAGUCACCGAGACCGACGCUGGAUCACGAUGAAUCACUGGAGAUCAACCCAGCGUUGCUCCAUUUGGUGAGAGAUUGCUGGACGGAACGGCCAUCAGAGCGUCCUGAUGUCAAGCAAGUAUCUUCCCAACUUCGAAGUAUGAACACAAAUCGAAAUGAUAAUCUGAUGGAUCACGUGUUCAAUGUACUUGAAUCAUAUGCAUCCACUCUGGAGGAUGAAGUUGCGGAGAGAAUGAAAGAGUUGGUUGAAGAGAAGAAGAAAAGUGAUGUUCUUCUGUAUCGAAUGCUUCCGAAACAAGUAGCUGAUAAGCUGAAGCUUGGGCAGACAGUUGAACCUGAAACAUUCGAUGUCGUCACUCUUUUCUUCUCUGAUGUCGUUAGUUUCACUACUCUCGCUGGAAAAUGUACUCCGUUACAAGUGGUGAAUCUUCUCAACGGGUUGUACACAAUAUUCGAUGGAAUUAUCGAGCAACACGAUGUUUAUAAAGUGGAAACAAUUGGUGACGGCUACUUUGUCGCUUCUGGAGUCCCGAGACGGAAUGGAAACGAGCAUACGAGGAAUAUUGCGAGCAUGGCGUUAUGUUUUGUCAAGUCUUUGGCUGACUUUAGUAUUCCUCAUUUGCCGGGAGAGAAGAUUAAUAUUCGAGUUGGAUUUCAUUGUGGCUCGGUGGUCGCUGGUGUCGUUGGCCUAACAAUGCCCAGAUAUUGCCUAUUUGGAGAUGCAGUCAACACGGCAAGUCGAAUGGAAAGUAAUUCAAAACCUGGCCAUGUCCACAUCUCAGAAGAAGCCAACCAUAUGUUGAUGAAUCUGGGUGGAUUCACGACGGAGUCACGUGGAGAAGUCAUCAUAAAGGGAAAAGGAGUCAUGGCGACGUAUUGGCUGGUUAGAAUGGACGAGUCAGCGGCGCCGAAGAAUUUGAAGAAAUAA